UUCACACAAUAAUAUUUAUUUCUGUACAUUUGAUUUUCCUGUGAAAUUGUCAAAGUUUGAAGAUUUGAAAUUUUGAUGUGUAAUUAAUACCUAGUCCGUGGGUAGCAUUAACUAAUUUGCAAUUAACUUUAAGCAUUUGUCCGUGGUGGGAAAGAUGCAAUUCUGAAAUACAAACGUCAAAAUUAGUGGUCAUCAUGCCUCCAAAGCUAGCCAAGUCGCAGGCGGAGCUGAAAAAGGCGCAGAGACAACGGGAGGAGCACGAGUUUGCGACGGAGGACGAUGCUCUGCCAGGCGAAACCAAGGCGGAUCGUCGCCGAAGACUGGAACGGGAACGGAAGAGACAAAGUCGCAGUGAGAAAAAGGCAACCGCGACACCUUCGUCUCGAAUAAGACCUUCAUCAGGACGUGUGAAGCACAUCAAGAUUGAGAGGGAUGACGAUACCGAGGACGAUGUGGGAGAAGGAAGUCAAGCAAGUGACAACGAUGACAAAUCUACAAUCUUGCGAAAUCCAUUAGCAUUAGCAAAAUUGCUAAAAUCAGAGCGUGAAGAGGACAAUGCCGCCGAGUACACUCCUGACGACGACGGGAAUUAUUCAGAUGAAUUUGCUCAUGCCGCAAACACAGCACCAAGAAAGCGCCGGAGAAGGUCAACUAGAUCGAAAUCUGGUUCCAGUAUCGACAGUAGAACAAAUCUUGGACGAAAACGGCCCGUCAGUGCGAAAAAGUUGAAACUUGAAGCCAUCAGGAAGAGAAUUAAGAGACAAGAGGAGGAAACUCUGGCUUAUGAUGGACCGGAUCUUGACUCGAUUCCUGGCGAAACGUGGGCCGAUUAUAGGCGGCGAAAGGACCGUGAGAGGGUCAAGAAGAAGAGAGCUCUGCAGAAAAGUAUGCAAAAUUUGGGUCAGCAGGAUAACGAAUCAGGAACACAUCCACCGGAUGUAGUUGGUCCCUCUACUUCUCAGCCCCCUGUGGUCUCUUACACUCCCCGAGAGAAAGUAGUUCGUUCCAUUCGCCAUGAGGUUGACCGCCUCAUUACCACUGAGACUGAGAAAAAGUGGGACCCUAGCAGUAAAAAGUGGAAGAAGAAUCGACCCCAAAAUUUGGACGACGUGUCACCCGAGGUCGGAGAGGAUUGGCUCUUCAAGGAGAUGCUCAUCCAUAAGCUCCAGUUAGAGUUCGAACAAAUUCGAUGGGUUCUCAUAUCAGAAGCCGUCGAGCUGGAAUUGGGCCCUUGUGUUCCAUCCCUGGAACGACCCCUAACCCCGGUUCAAAGUCAAACUUCAAAUAAUCCUGCUGAUGAUUAUGCCCAUAGCAGCAACCAAGCCCAUAAUAAUGAGGAGCACAUCAAUUCUAGUACUGGCUCAGGCUGCAACUCUCUCGAAAUUGUCAUGAUUAAACCAGAACCCGUCGACACCCAAGACGACGAAGAGAUGCAAGAAUGGAUCGCCAACGCUGUCUCUGCCGCUGACGAUGACAACGACGGCUUGAACAAUUCCCGCUCAGGAUUCCAGCCAAAGAAUCGAAUCCACAAUAUCAGAAAACAAGAACGCGCCACCCAACUCGAAUCACAGCUCGAAUUAUGCCGCGCCCGUUGGAUGGAGGAGAGACCGGAAGACACCGAAAGCCGUGACUUGAUCGACAUUGAGCGCCAAAGCCUCAUUGACCAGGUCAUCCUUGAAAAGAAGGAGCUUAUCAAACAAGCAGAAGUCUGGCUUAGUCAAAAGAGAGAAUUUUAUAGCAAGGAAUCUCUCACCGAGAGGAGCGCCCGGAUCGCUGCUCGACUCAAAGAUAACGAACCACAAAGUAAGCAGGCGACCAAGGGCGACAAGACAUCAAUGCCAAUGGCGAAAUCCUCCAUCCCGCUCACGCCGGAAGAGAAAAAGGUACGCCACGCCGAAGUCACCCGAAUACGAUGCCGCAUGGAGAAGAAAGAGUACGAAAUUCACGUUAGACUCGUCGCCACCCAGAAUCCGACCGAAUUCUCCAACACAUUGACGCACCCAGAUCAUCAAGUUGUUAUCCAAUAUUGGGCAUCGGCUGCGGAAUCGAUCAGAGUUAAAAUGAAAGAAGAAAUAAUUAAAUAUCGUAAAAUGUUGGGAAGAUUUCUCACUUUGACGAAAACAAGUAAGAUCAGUUAUAACACGUCGUCGUCAGCACUUCAAGUAGUGGAAUCCUCGGCGACCACAAACUUUAAAGAAUUUCACACUUUUCUGGGAGAAUUUGGAUCGAUUGUUCUCAAACAUUUGGAAGAUAGACGAUUCUACAUGACACGGAGAGCCAGGAAAUACAGCGAGCUCACUUUGGUAGCCAGAUUUACAGAGAAUUUGCGUCGCAAAGAAUGGAAAGCGAAGAAGCGUGGUGGCGGCGUUAUUUCGGAGGAAGAUCGCGCUAAAUUUGACGCCGAACGGGUGGCUGGUGCGCUCGCAUGGGAAGCGAAAAUGAGGGAGAGAGCGUUUAAAAAACAGCUCAAGGAGGCGAACAGGGCUAUAAAAGGGCAGAGGCGACGACGGAGGAAGAAAAGUCCGUCGCCAUCUAUGGCGAUGAUGUCAGUUCCGUCGAGAAAGAAGAGGACGCCAAAUACGAAACAAACUGCAAGUUUUCUCCCCACGUGUUUUCCCCCACAAAGGCAAAGUCGAUAUCAUGUCGACAACGACAACGAUAGUGACAACGACUGGACGCCUAACGCCGGCUCGUACUCUCCUCCAUCGCAGGAUGAAGAUAACUACCUCAGUCAAAACCAGUACGUCCAGCAACAGCAGCAGCUGCAACAUAACAUUCAUCAGCACUGUAUGGGGGCAGCAAGUCCGGCUCGAUAUGAAUUGGGACAAGUCCAAGUUGAUGGAUGGGUACCCUUAUCAACACCACAACAUGGUUAUCACCAAGAACAGAUUAAUUCGUCGUACCCCUCGAUAUCUGGCAGUUAUCAGCAACACUUGUCCACCAUUAACACAACCGACUGGUCAUCUAACAUCACUUAUCGGAACGCUGCUGAUACGUAUGCUUCCCACAGCUCAUCCCAACCCAAAAAGACCAAACGAAAACCGGGCCGUCCACGUGGGUCGAGUAAUAAAUCUCGGUCCAACAAGUUGGUUAAGGAUUCGCUCAAACGCUGCCGUCGAAUUCACCCUCCGAAUACUGACUUCUGGGGGAAUCGUGCCAGGAAGGAGAGCAAGGCACGAAGAGCUACUCUUGGAGUGGUUCCACCACCAGUGGAACCACUCCCGCCUGAAGCACUUUGUCCAUUGGAACGCUCAGUGCAGAAGAUGCUGGAGACGAAACUCCCAGAAAAUGUGGCAAAUUUAUGUCCAAAAUGUCCUCACUGUGAUAAAGUGUUCAGCGAAGAGUCCGCUUUCAAAUCACAUUUGAAAAAGAAACAUCCCGAACAGGAAGUGGAAAAGAAGAAGGCGACGGAUAAGAAAUCGAAAAAGAAAGAAAAGAAGCCGAGACGGAACUACAAUUUGAAUUCAAAGUUUCCCUGUCCCAUCUGCGAUUUCGUAUACACUGACAGGUCACGUCUCGCUGAACAUUUGUAUUCGAACCACUGGGUCAAAAAUGAAGUAACAUGCGUGUGCCCGUUCAGCGCUCGCGUUGGGAGGCAGGUUGAUCUCAAAUGCAAUAACUUACAGUUCGGGAGGAUCAGUUUAUCAAACCAUUUUAAGAGGAAGCAUGCAGGCAUCCAGGCACAGGCGGCGAAACAGUGGUACUUGACCCUGGACUCACGCGGCACAACGAGUCGUUCAUCUCUCUUUGUGUGCCUUGAAUGUGACCACGAUUUCAAGUCCUUCUCCACCCUCAUCAACCACUACAUGUCGACGCAUGAUCAUUUACGAUGGGGCUGUGAGCAUUGUGGCGUCUUGUUGAGGAGAAGGGACCAGCUGGAUGAUCAUAUCGCGCUCUUUCAUCCUCAUGACCAUCCGGGGGUCGAAAACUCGAAAAGUGAAGCUCCGCUUAACAUUUCGAGUUUAAACGUCCAUAAGUGUGCUACGUGUCUGUCUGAAUUUUCGUCACUUGAAUGGCUGCAAAGUCAUGUCAAUAAAGGUCACAGACUUAUCGCUGAUGAGGAGAGAGCAGAAAAUUCACAGCCUGAAGAAUGUGAUUCGAGCCGGACUUGCUUCUGGUGUAGGAAAGAGUUCAAGUCGGGUUCUGAGUUGGUGGAUCAUACAGAACAAUGCCAUCCUAAUGAGCCGCCGGUAUCGAAAGCGAUGGAGCCGGAAAUGUAUCACUGUGCGGAACCUUACAAAUGCGAACUCUGUGCAAAAUCGUUCCUAACUUUGGCCCGGUUGAGAAAGCACUGCUUCGAGGAUCAUAAUUUGGCUAAAUAUGUGGAACUAGUCAAAGAGAAGGUUUCGAUUCUCCCAUCGACAUCUAAUCACACCCACGAAGAGGAGCCGCACAUCCUCACCAAACAUGCCACCCCCACCGUGCCAUCCACUUCUUCCUCCCUCUGUCAACUUUGCCACUUUACGACAUCUCACUCCUUCCAUCAGGUCCACCUCGUCUACGACCAAGUCAUGAAACGCUACUGCCAAAUCUGUCAAAGAAUGUUUACUAGCAAGGCGAUGCUGAUUCUACACAUGAAUGCUGUCCAUUCCAUCCCCCUCGACGCUCUCGUCAUCCCUUCCGCCAGUGGAAUAGUAGAUGAUACAACGUUGCAUGAUCCCGAUGAUCCCCCCAUUUCUUGUCCCGGGUGCCCGAAAGUCUUCACCGCUUCCCAGUUUCAUCACUACCACUCCUUCCACGCAGAAGGCAUCUGGUCCUGUCCUCACUGUCCGAGUAUCUUCAUCACCCGUGAGAGGCGGUUAAAACAUGUCAAAGACGAACACAAUCCCGGCAAGAAGGUCAUAACCCCAGAAAUUUUGGAAUCGUUGAUACACGCCACGGAAGUCGAGCAUAGCGGAAAAUCUGUGACUAUUUAUACUUGUAAAGUAUGCAUGAAAAACUACAAGAGCAAAGAAUUCGUCGUCACUCACAUCCAAGAAGUGCACAAAAACAACGCCUUCACGAGGGUGAUGUGUCCUCAGUGCAAUACCACCUUCCAGUACGCCCACUCUUUGAGGGGUCACAUGAUAACGGCUCACAGCGAGGAGGGAAUGAAGAGGUUUAAGUGUCCGGCGUGUCCGAAAACCAUAACGAACAUGCCUCAGAUGAAGCGACAUGUGCAAAAAUAUCAUCCUGAGGUUAAUUUCGAUCCAGCAAAGAUUGAGACGGUGAACAUUGCCGAGGAGGGUCUGAAAAAUGGAAAACGUUUCCUCUGCAAUAUUUGUACGCAGGAUUUUUCGACGGAGGACGGACUAAAGUCACACAUUACGGGGAAGCAUUUUCCUAUCCACUUCACCUCCUUUUGUGACCACUGUGGCCUCCAGAUUAGUCAAAAGAGGAAGAAGUGGCAUAUGUGGAAAUAUCACGACGUGCCCAUUAAUAAAAGGUACGAUAUCGAAAAAACGAGCAAGGCCAGGACUCAAGUCAGCUCUGUGUUCGAGCUAUUGGAUAUUCUGCAGAAAAUAUACGUCAAGACUUCUUCCUCGACCGGAAAUAGGAAAAGAACCAGGGUUGCCAGAUACGAGGAGGAAGGCAGUGAAAGCGAUGAAGGACAGGAAUCCGAGGAUGAAGAUGACGACGAACAAUCCUUCGUCGGAUCAAGUGACGACGAAGAUAACAAUAGAAAGUCACGCCGUCGAUCUGCACGAAGUAGCAAUCGAUCUCGUCGUACCACCAAAUCGUCCGUGUAUUACAUUGACGAUUCUUCUUCAUUGGAUGAAUCUGAAUUUUCUCACGUGGGCGACUCUGACGACGAUGACGAAGAUGAUCAAGUCUCGCUGAAAACAUUGUUCAUUAAUCCGAACAAGAGCAGGAAACGGCGUGAGGGAAUAUCAAAUCCUGAAGCCUCUACAAGAGCGUUAGAUUUGUUAGAAGGUAGAUUUAUUCGUAUCGGGCUAGAACGGUGUGAUGCUACAAAUCGCAUUAAUUACACAUAAUUAGAAAUCAAAUUACAAAAGUUCAUUUAAAUUUUCUUGAAUACAAAACCGUUUUUAUUUUAACAAUAAAUAAAUGGAUUCGUGAUUCCAAA